AGCUGGUUGACUCUGGUCGUCAAGUCAGAAGUGUUCUGUCGCGAGCAGUGUUGCGUUCCGCCGAGCUCGGCGGAAGCAGGUCAAGGGCUGCUGACAAACCCCACUUUUUCGACCGAGGUUCCGUCCUUCCACCGAAUGCCUAUCUCAACGACUGUACAACAUCACAAACAUGUUCGCGAGCUGGACGCAAGUUCGAUGUCGUUGAGCGACGAGAGAGAACAUUUACCGAAGCGUAGAAAGGUCCGCAAAGGCACUUCAAGCUGUUGGGAAUGCAAGAAACGAAAAGUCAGAUGUAUCAUCCAGCGCCACGAUAUCUGCGAGAACUGCAGACGUCGCAGUACUGUGUGCAUUAGUCAAGAUCUACCAGACCAAAUCAACAUAUUGACUCCGUCUGUAUCUGAAGAUGAUGCCUUGCUUACGGACGCUCUUCAAAGUGUCCCCGAAGAAGCCAUAACCAGAACUGGCUCGAAUUUUUCCAGUCAGCACCAAUUGGACCGCGCUUUGCGAUCAGCGUGGCCAGCCAAAGUCGAUGUCGAGCAGAUGAUGGAUUUGAAAGUUGGUCUUUCAGUACACUUCCACGCUGAGAUGUGCAAUUUCUACAACAACAAUCAAGCUCAGAUUUCGAAGAGCGAAAUAUUCGAACCGCCGCCAUCUGGCUCUCACCCCGUACUCAUCGCACGAAAGCUUCUGAUACUCGGCAAUCACUUGCAAGGCGUGGUGCUGCCUGACAGGUCCUCAAAUGGGUUGCGAGAAAAAUACUAUGAAAUCAUGCAUCGUGCUGUGAAUACCGCCACUAGGCUCGUUACGAAAAACGAAGAUCUAAUUGAUUCGAUCGAAGGUCUGGAAUGCGUCAUGUUGGAGAUUGCGUACCAAAAUUAUGCCGGAAACCUUCAACAAGCCUGGAUGGCAACACGAAGAGGGAUUACGAUUGUACAGGCAAUGGGGCUGCAUCGCCGGCAUACGCUUUCUACUUUGAAGUGUCAUGAUCCCAUGACGCGACUGUCAUUUGAUGCAACGCAGGCUCAGUUUCGCUUGGUACAAGUGGAAUGUUACCUCGGGCUUGUCUUGGGUCUGCCGAGAAGCUCGCUGGAGGCGCCAAAUCACAUUUUGGAGAUCCUAACAAGUUACCCACCGGUCAUUCGCUUACAACACACUCAUCUGUUCGUGGCAGAUCGUAUACUGAAACGUUCACAUCCUAGCGUAGCCGAGACCGGAGAAUUGGACUCCCUAUUGGAAACAGCAGCAGCUGUGUUGACUCCCAAAUGGUGGUUGAUGCCUGAUCUGAGGGCAAGCAACGACGAUGAUGGUGAUAACAUCGUCAAGACGAGUCGGUUGAUGGAUCAAUUCUCACAUUACCACUUGCUGAUUAGACUGCAUCUGCCAUACUUGAUGCGAUCCACUUCUGAUAAGACACACGACUACAGUAAGACGACAGCCGUGUACGCGAGUCGUGAGACAUUGAAUCGCUACCUUAGCUUCCGCGUGGACAAUCCGGCACAUUAUUAUUGCCGUGGUACCGACUUUCUCGCUUUCAUCGCAGCCACAGUACUGGCUUUGGCUCAUAUCGAAUGCUCAAGGCUCAGCAAACUUCACGUACCCGAUACGUACAACGCGUUCGGUCUACUCACACACUGCCGAAUGAGCGACCGCGGUAUCUUGGAGCGAACUCUUGAGGUUCUGAGAGAGGUAUCUAAGACUAGUGCCGAUGCCAUAGCCUCAAAAAUUGUUUACCUGCUUGAGCAGCUCUUGACGAUCGAUGCGUCAAGAGUGAAACGCGUUGUGCAAGCAAGCGAUGAAGGUGAUCAGAAUGUCCCCUACCACAGCGAGACGACAAACGACUGUCUGCGCCUGUAUAUACCCGCUUUCGGCUAUAUCAACUUUGGCGUGGAAGCAGCAGAGCCGAUCAGGACCGAUCAACAUCAAGUUCCGGACGACCAUGCAUCGCAUAGCCACGACUUAUCGUCCCUUACUACAAAUGUCGGAUUCGAAGGCGAAUGGGAUAUGCAAGGUAUUGAUCUCGCGCUGUUCGAGGGCUUGUUUGGCGAGUCAAACAUGGAGCCGGUACUAAACGUACAAAGCUGGCUGUGAUCGGCCACGAAGCCGAGCCGCUACGGAGGAUCUGAACACCACGAAGACAUGACCAUUCCCGUG